AUGGCGUGUAAACCGCCAAUCUACAACGGGGAGGUCGACCCGAUAAUAUGCCAAAGAUGGAUAAGUGAUGUCGAAGGGGUGUUUGAGCGGACCCAUUGUGACGUAGGUGACUUUGUUGCUUACGGGACGGGUAAAUUGAGGGGUCAAGCCAAGGAUUGGUGGGACAAUAAGAAGAAAGAAAUAGGAGCCGAAGCGGCGAGGGUUAUGACUUGGGAUGAGUUUAACGUGCCAUUCCUUAAACACCAUAGUCCCAAAGCGGUUAUUAACAGAAUCAAGGAAGAAUUCAUCCAGCUAAGACAAAAGGGUGAAACAAUUGAUAAGAUCACGGGCAUCUUUAUGGAUAAGCUGAGAUUCUGUGACGAGUUGGUCACCACAGAAGAGCAAAAGAUAUAUUACUAUUACAACAUGCUGAGUGCUGAAUAUCGGGAGUUCUUGACUCCCUCAAAGUAUGAAACUCUCACAGAAAUUAUCAACACCGCCCGGGAGCGGGAAAUCGAAUUGAAGAAACAAGUAGAGAGGGGCGAGCGAAGGGCACAGGAUGUGAAUCCAAGCCCUACAAAGAAAGCUCGAACUGCUGAAUCGGGAAAGAAAGCGGAUGCUAAAAGUGGGACGCCCAGUUGCAAAAUAUGUGGAAAAGGACACAAGGGAGAGUGUCGGUUCAAAGACAAGUCGUGCCCAAUAUGCAGUAAAUCGGGGCACACGGCGUCUCUAUGCCCAUGUAAAGUUUCAGUUUGCUACAAAUGCUAUCAGCCCGGCUACAAAAAGUCUGAAUGCCCAGACCUAGUUGGAAGAAUGGAUGUUAAGGAAUCUCCAGCAGAAGCCCCAAAGGCAAAGGCUAGACCCUUCCAACUUACUGCGGCUGAAGCAAAAAAUGGAACCCAACGUGGUCUCAAGUAUAUUCACGAUUAA